UGGUGAGGACAAUGGCGAGCAUGACGGCCAGUGAGCCUUCGUUAUUGGGCUGCGUCUGGGCUGUGGUCCUGAAGCGAGCUACGUACGUGUGGCGCCAGAAGAAGAUGCCGCUCUUCAGCUGGAUGCUUCCGCCACUACUGCUCUCGCUGCUUUUCCUCCUCGAGUAUGUGAGCCUGCGCGGCAGCGGACACAACGUCGAGCACGUCGGCGACACUGUGAGCUACACUUUCCCCGAAGUAGUGGGACACGCACAGGGAUUUUUCAUGGUGGACAAGGACGAGGCAUUCAGUGAGCAGUGGUUGCACCCUCUGAUCUUUAAGCCGGAGCAAUUCUACAUCGUGAAUUUGGACCCGGAGAUGGACGUCACCGCGUCUCUGCUCAGCGUGGCAAAGGCGACGCUGCGCAAAUACGUCUUCAAUAUCCACUUCGGUGUGCAGAUGACGAAGAAGGCAGGGAACGUGCUUUGGUACAACGGCCAGAUCCAGCACGCAGCACCACUGGUGCUGAGACUGUACAACACGGCCCGGUUGCGCAACGUCACAAAGGUGGCCACGGCCGAGUUCAAAUUCGACGUGACGUCACACGGCUUGGAGGACGUGCACAUGACGGAAGGUGGCCGUCGCAAUGAGGCCGGCAACACCGGCAGUAGUGGAAGGCAGUACCGCACGGUGUUGCCGAAAGUCUUGCGGUCCAUCUUCUUUCCGCUCGUGUCUAGCCUCAUGUGCAGCAACUUCGUGAUCUUCCCGACUGCCGAGAGGGCACUUGGGGUCAAGCACCUGCACAUGAUUGCCGGCAUGAGUCCACUGCUCUACUGGCUGACUAACUUCGCCUUCGAUUUCAUGUUCUACAUGGGAACCGCCAUGAUCGUGCUGCUUCCACUGCCUCUCGUUCCCUACACGGCGCUCGACGUCGAGGACUAUAAGUUGAUAUUUGUGCUGAACCUGCUCCACGGCUACGCUGUGCUUCCGGGAAUUUACAUCUGCUCCUUCUUGUACGACAACCCUGGCUCGGCGUACUCGACGCUCGUCAUUGUCAUGUUCACCAUAUCAUCGGCGGGUUGCCUGGGCUCGGUCUUCCUGGAGCAUCACUUUGAAGACGCGAGCGCCACUGGGCUCGCCGCGAUCCUCGACGGGGCGCUGCAGAUACUGCGGCUGCUGCCGUCUUACUCGUACUCUCGGGGCAUGACCAAGAUCAUCCAGCUGGCGAGAGAGAACGCCCUCUGUCGGUCGGGAGGCCUGCUACUCGAGAGCCGCUGCCAGGCCAAGGGGACCAAUGGCAGGCUGUCGCUGCUGCGAUGCUGCAUGCACAGGGACUCUCCGGACCGUUCCGAACACAUGAUCCAUCCGUUGGACGUGCACCAGUACUCGGCCUUCUACGAGUUUGUCACUCUCUCGGUGGAGGGUGCGGUGCUGUUCGUGCUGUUGCUGUGCCUCGAGUCGUGGCUCCGCCGGCUGGACCGUUCCUUUAGCUCGCUGGACCCUUCCACCUACCAGGAGGGCGCCAUGUUACCUAGGCGCCCAGCUGGCGCCAUCGCGCACGGCAUGGCGUUGGAGAAAAAGGACGAAGACACUGAUGUUGUGCUUGAGAACCAGCUGGUGAAGGCCCUGGUGAACGGUCAGCUGCCGGCCACCUCAUCGCGUCCUUACAUGAUAGUAAAUCGCCUCUACAAGGCCUACGGCUACAUUGAUAGUGUUUCUGUGCUCCAGGGGCUGAGCUUCACCGUGCGCACUGGCGAGUGUUUCGGCCUGCUCGGCGUCAACGGCGCGGGAAAGACAACCACGUUCCGCCUGCUCACGGGCGAAAUUCUGCCGCACCAAGGCGACGCCAUCAUUUCCAACUUCUCCAUCGUCCGCGAGAGGCGGAAGUGUUGGCGGUACAUGGGUUAUUGUCCGCAAAGAGACGGUCUGCUGGACAUGCUGACGGGCGUCGAGACACUGCUGCUCUUCGGACGCCUCCGAGGCGUUCCUAUGACGACCGAGUACCUGAGAGUGCUGCUGUACGUCUUCCGCCUGCAGGAGAUAGCCGACUACCUCGUCGGCACAUACAGGAAGCUGAGGGGUCCAACAACUAUUGUCCCUGGCUCGAGCCAGAGUUUCAAGAAAGUGUUUUGCUGCCGUCAGGUUACGAAAAGAUGGAAAAAGUAA